GAAGCAAUGAAGUGGGUGAUACAAACGAUGGGAAAAUUGAAAACAUGUUAAGCGGACAGACUGAAAAGUUGGAAUUAUGUCAAUAAGCUUCCUAGACCAAGUAUCCUGGGUGCCUUGGGUGACAGCAUAACAACAACAUCCACACAGAUGCAGCCAGAUGGAACAACAGUCGAUGCAGGAAGUACUAGAAGGGGAGGAGCCACAUGGAAUGGAGGACCUCCAGCUGAGCUAGUGGCAGUACAGGAGGACCUUGUUAUUCAUGGAAGCACUAUUCGUGGUUCACGGAAUCACUAUCCAUGGCAUAGCAAUAGCACUUACAUUUAUAUACCGCUCUAUAGCCGGAGCUCUCUAAGCGGUUUACAAUGAUUUAGCAUAUUGCCCCCAACAUUCUGGGUACUCAUUUUACCGACCUCGGAAGGAUGGAAGGCUGAGUCAACCUUGAGCCCCUGGUCAGGAUCGAACUUGUAACCUUCUGGUUACAGGGCGGCAGUUUUACCACUGCGCCACCAGGGGCAUGUCUAAUAGACACCUCUUUCCAGUAUCCGUGGAUACAAAAGGGUUAAAACCCACAUAUCCAUGAUUCCUAGAGGGCUGGAAGUGACCGCGGAGGACACUUCCACCUGCCAUUUUGUCUGCAAGAGCCCAGGAGGAGACAGGAGGAACCAUUCUGUGGCUCAUUUCUUUUUUAAAAAUUGACCUUAUUCUGUGAUUUUUCACAGUUUUGAGGGGCAUUGUAUCCUUCUGGGGGCAUUCCUGGGCACAUGGGGGGAUUUCUGGACACAUGGAGACCCCACAGAGCAUACCAAAGUAAGAUUUUACACCAUAUUUUCACCAUUUUUUUUUGCCAUUUUCCAUCCAGCCUGGAACCUAACCCCCCUUUCCCCAUAGGAAUAAUGCCUCAUUACUCAUGGUAGUAGGUGAGGAACGUAACCCUCACGCAUAACAAGGUUUUUCUGUAACUCACUUUUUUGCCUCUCCCUCUGAGACAUCUAGGUGGAGUACCUGUUGAUGGAACUGGAUUGGCUAGAAAUCAGUACAUGAAGCUUAAAUAAUAGACAAUACUUCCCAUGCACACACAGCUUUACUAUUUCAGAACACUUUACGUAUGUUAUCGCAGUCAUCUUUACAGCAACCCUGUAAGAUAGUUGAGUAUUUUUAUCCCUAUAUUUCAUUUGCUUAAGGGGAAUGGUUUGCUUAAGGAUGAUCUCAUCCUGAUGGAUGAUCUCCAAUUGGCAAUGGACAGAGGAAGUGUGACUCUGUUGGUCCUCUUGGAUCUCUCGGCGGCUUUCGAUACCAUCGACCAUAGUAUCCUUCUGGAACGUCUGAGGGGGUUGGGGAUGGGCGGCACUGUUUUACAGUGGUUCCGCUCCUACCUUUCGGGCAGGUUCCAGAUGGUGUCGAUUGGAGAUUGUUGCUCUUCAAAAUCUGAGCUUAAGUAUGGUGUUCCUCAAGGCUCCAUACUCUCUCCAAUGCUUUUUAACAUCUACAUGAAACUUCUGGGAGAGAUCAUCAGGGGAUUUGGAGCUGGGUGUUACCAGUAUGCUGAUGACACCCAGAUCUACUUCUCCAUGUCAACCUCUUCAGGAGUUGGCAUAUCCUCCCUAAAUGCCUGCCUGGAAGCAGUAAUGGGCUGGAUGGGGGAGAAUAAACUGAAGCUGAAUCCAGAUAAGACGGAGGUACUUAUUGUGCGGGGUCGGAACUCUAGAGACGUUUUUGAUCUGCCUGUUCUAGACAGGGUCACACUUCCCCAAAAGGAACAGGUUCGCAGUCUGGGAGUACUUCUGGAUCAACGUCUCUCCUUGGUUUCUCAGGUUGAGGCGGUGGCCAGGGGUGCUUUCUAUCAGCUCCGGCUGAUAUGCCAGCUGUGCCCGUUUCUCGAGAUCAAUGACCUCAAAACAGUGGUACAUUUGUUGGUAACCUCCAGAUUGGACUUCUGUAAUGCGCUCUACGUGGGGCUGCCUUUGUACGUAGUCCGGAAACUUCCGUUGGUUCAGAAUGCGGCAGCCAGGUUGGUCUCUGGGUCAUCUCGGAGAGACCACAUUACUCCUUUGUUGAUGGAGCAACACUGGCUGCCAAUAGGUUUCCGGGCAAAAUACAAAGUGCUAGUCAUAACUUAUAAAGCCCUAAAUGGCUUAGGCCCUGGGUAUUUAAGAGAGCGUCUUCUUCGCUAUGAGCCCCACUGGCUGCUGAGGUCACUUGAGGAGGUCCGUCUCCAGUUGCCACCAACCUGUUUGGUGGCUACACAGAGACGGGCCUUCUCGGCUGCUGCCCCGAGAUUGUGGAAUGCGCUCCCUGCUGAGAUACGAUCCUCCCCAUCUCUGGCAAUUUUCAGAAAACACAUCUCUUCAACCAGGCUUUCUCAGCUUUUUAAAACUUGUUUUUAAAUUGUUCUGAUUAUUUAAUUGUUGUUUUAUGAUGUUUUUAAUUGUUAAUCAUUGUUUUAUGUUUUAUAAUUUUUGUUUAAUUAUUAAUUGAUUUUAAUGGUGUUUUAAUGUAAACCGCCCUGAGCCUUUUGGAAGGGCGGUAUAAAAGUUUUAAUUAUAAAUAAUAAAAAAUAAAAAAUAAAAGAGAAUGGCUUGCCUUAGACCAGGCCUUCUCAACUUAGGCCCCGCAGCAGGACUACAACUCCCACCAUCCCUAGCCACAGUGACCAAUAGCCAGGGAUGACGGGAGUUGUAGGCCAACAUCUGUAAGAGGGCCGAGGUUGAGUAGCCCUGCCUCAGCUACUUAAAUUAUUGGUGUGCCCCGAGAGGAAGGCAAGGAAGGAGACACCUAGUCCAAGAAGCCUUUGUCCUCAGCUCAUGAAAAAACCAUCAUGCCUAAAACAGCACUGCUUUGUCCAUUUUAUGUUAUUUGUUUAUUUUCAAUAUUGUAAACCGCUUUGGGUUUUACACACCACAACCUCUAAUAUAUGUGAAGUGUUCUGUAGUGUGCCUUGGUCAAGGAAGAAACGUGGUAUAAAAAUGCAAUAAAUAAAUAAAUAGACAGUAGCUGAUGUGAAAUCUGAACCAGGGACUUCCUGGUUGACAGUUCAAUCCUGCAUGGAA